UUGGAUAACACUGGUGAGAGCAAGAGGAACACAAGAAAGGCUCCUCUUUUCCCAUCCAAAAACAGAGAACACUUUAACAAAAACAAGAGGAGAUUGAAAUUUGCAAUGGCAAUAUCAUCAAUCUCUUCAAUUCUAAUUCCUUCUUUAACAAUCCAAAGUUCUUGUUCACCUAAACCAAAGUUCACUUUUUUAUCUUGUUCUUCACCACUCUCGUUCAACCCCUUGAAGCUUGGCAACAAUACGCUUAAACUUUCUCAAUCACCCACCAAGCUUUUUGCUGCUCCUGGAACUUUAGUAGAGACAGCCGAGGUUGGAGAUUCUGAGGUGCCCAGUUCUUCAUCUGUUACUGCUGAAACAGACAAGUUGGCACCUAAGCAGAAGAUUAGAAUUAAACUUAGGUCAUACUGGGUCCCCUUGAUUGAGGACUCAUGCAAGCAGAUAAUAGAUGCUGCACUUAUUACCAAUGCCAAGACCAUGGGUCCUGUGCCAUUACCAACCAAGAAGAGGAUCUAUUGUGUUCUUAAAUCCCCACAUGUGCACAAGGAUGCAAGGUUCCACUUUGAGAUCCGGACACACCAGCGCCUUAUAGAUAUUCUAUACCCAACUGCACAAACAAUUGAUUCUUUGAUGCAGCUUAACCUUCCUUGUGGAGUGGAUGUGGAAGUCAAGCUCUGAUGAAGCAACACUGUAGCUUAGAUAUUGAUACGGAGGUUUGACCCUCUAAACACACUGGAACACCUAGAAAAAAUUGAAAAUAUUCAUAUCCGACACUCAGCCUGAAUCCAAGUAACAGAGCUGUUAAUUGUUCGGGUGCACCUUGAGGUUGGUUCAACGCUCACUGGCUCUCACUACCAACUGUUUGGGGACACCAUGAGAUUGGUUCAAGGCCUACUGGUUCUCACUACAAGUGAUAAAUGUUGCAGAAAGUUUUUUCUUUUAACCAAGGUUGGAUUAAGCAAUUAAAAUUCGCGUCUGGCCAGUUGUUUUGAAGGCAUAGCCACCCAUAGAUUAAGCAACUAAAUUUCAAGUUGGCCACUAAUUUUGUAAUUAAAUAUUCAGCCUCCAUAUGAUGCUGAAUUGAAUUGAGCUGCUUUCAGUAUACUUUUCAACUAUCAAAUCCAUCUGGCUCAGGCAAAACCAACUUGGAUUUCAUGGAUGGAUGUGAGCCCGUAAUUGUAAAAGUAGCUAAAGAUGUUCAUUAAAUUAA